AGAUAAGUCGUCCAAACAGAGAAGGAAAUAGAUAAGGUGAUCUCCACAAACACCCCGAGUCCACUUUUGUUCCUGCUUCACUCACAAAAUUCACAAACUCCAAAAAAAACCACUGGCUAUGGCGACCCUGCAGAACUCACCUUCCCUCCACAGGACCCUUGUGCUCAACUCUUUCACUAAGUUACAUAAGCAAAGCACAUUCCAUUGCUGUAGAAGAAGCAAUUCGUUCCUGGUAAGAGCAGAGCAAACUCCAGCAUCUUCAACAUGCUCUCCUUCUCAAGAUAGAUCUGGGAGACGCCAAGUACUAGCUGCAGGGACAAUUGCUUCUUGGGUUUUUCUAACUAACCAGCAUUUUGUGUCAUUUGCUGCAGAAAAUAAAAAGGGAUUUCUGCCAGUCACGGACAAGACAGACGGGUACGAAUUUGUUUAUCCCUUUGGGUGGCAGGAAGUAACCGUUGAAGGUCAAGACAAGGUCUUCAAGGAUGUCAUUGAGCCAUUAGAGAUUGUAAGUGUGAAUGUCUUCCCAACCGUAAAGCAAGACAUUAAGGAAUUCGGGCCCCCACAACAGGUGGCUGAAACUUUAAUCAAGAAGGUUCUGGCUCCUCCCACCCAGAAAACAAAACUGAUUGAGGCAGUAGAGCAUGAAAUUGAUGGGAAAACAUAUUACACUUUCGAGUUCGUUGCGAAGGCUCCAAACUAUACUCGCCACGCUCUCAGCACAAUAUCUAUUGGCAAUGGCAAGUUCUUCACUUUGACCACUGGGGCCAAUGAGAGGAGGUGGGGUAAGAUGAAAGACAAAUUACACACCGUCGUUGAUUCUUUCAAAAUCUUCAAAGUCUGAUAUGGAGUUUCAUGGCUUCCAAAUCUGAUUAGGAACGGCUCACAUUCGGUUGCAAUUAGCAAAUACCAUUAUGCUCAUCAACAUUUUUCUUUUGUGUUCUUAUCUUUUUUCUUCAUUUCCUUUUUUUCAUUUUGUAUUUUUGCGAGGGUGGGAGAGGGGGAGAAGCAUUUUUCUUCUGGAUAAAUAUAUUAUAUAGUCAUUGAUAUAUGAAAUAUAUUUUGCCUAA